AUCGUAGUGCGGGGCUCAAUUUAGAAGUUCUAUUUCUCGGUUUGUGUCACACGCGAAUGUCGAAGAAGUCCGCAGUCGAAAAAUGGUGUCGCGGCCGAAAUCCGCUCGAAUGCCGUUAGGCAGAUUAAUGGCGAUCAUUUGUUUGGCGAUUUGUGGCCAGCUCGAAGCGGCCGUUGAUGUGCCAACGAACUGUCUCCAGCACACGGAUAUAACGGGGACGUACGAUCAGUACUGGGCGCUGGACGAGAUCGGUAACGUGCGAUCGGAGGAUGUUCCCGUUGAUUUUCACAUGUACAUUGAGGUCCGGAACUUUGAGGAGGAGAUCGCUAUGUUGCUUUCGAACAAUGAUCGUUCCUUUGAGUAUCCGGACUUUGCCCGGACGUACGAGAUUCGGCUGGGCAAUGUCUACACGGUGAUCUACAGGGAGACGAUCAAGAUGCGAGCGUAUCACAGUCCAAAGGAUAAGUUGUUCCCAGGAGAUAAGUUCAAGAUAAGGUUCCGAAUCUUGAAGGAAGGUAACAUCACGAUCACGCUGGAUGACAACGAUCGGAAGCCUCUGUUGAACGUCUUUGACGAUCAAGGACCACUGGACGUGAGGUACAUCAGCUUCGGAUCCCGGAUGAACGCCUACCCGAUUACGUUCCACUUCAAGUGCGAUCAGGACAUCCCCAGCACCGAGGAACCUUCAGCGGAUGCCCUUCUGGGGUGCCCUGUGUGUCCCAAGCAGAAGUGUGAAGUGGUGGUUAAAGCAUGUGCCGAUAACACAAAGGACCAGGGCGCUUCAGAUCCAGAGAAGCAAAAGUACUACUUCUACUUCAACAUGUAUCUGAGCAACAAGAACAAAGCGAAGGGCUCCACUAAUCAAUUGAAUUGAACCCCAUUCGCCUCCUUCAGGCAUACAUGUGCAUAAUUAUCAGUUUUAUCUUAAUAAAUAGCCCCUAAUUUAUCCGGGGACCGAUCAAUUGCA